CUCCGGGCGGAGGAAGGUUCUGUAUGGAGUUGUAGACCAGGCCGUGCCUGCAGAUUACUCUUCAUUCUUACCUGGAAUGAUUUUGGCUGUAUCGGCCCUACACGCUCUGUCCUGCGCUGAUAUUCUACCGUGAGCCCGCUUGUGAUUCACCGGCAGAAGGUUUACAGAUGUUAGUUCAUUCCUACUCCACCGCGGACCGGCAUGACGGCGUCUCGAGCCACAGCUCGCGCCUGUCCCAGCUGGGUUCGGUGUCGCACGCGGGACCCUACUCCAGCGCGCCGCCGCUGUCUCACGCGCCUUCCUCGGACUUCCAGCCGCCGUACUUUCCUCCGCCGUACCAGCCGCUUGCUCACUACCAGAGCCAGGAUCCGUACUCCCCACGUCAGCGACCCAUACUCCCUGAACUCUCUGCACCAAGCCAGCAGGGAGCAUGGGGCGCGCGUCAGCGGCAGGACGCCACGGGGGACCGAAUGGAGAGCUCCGCUCUGCUGGCGCAGCCUCGGGCCUCGCUGCCCCAGCUAUCUGGGCUGGACCCAAGGCGGGACUACGGUGGCGUGCGGCGGCCUGAUGUGCUUCUACACUCCGCUCACCCUGGACUUGAGCCCGGUAUGGGAGACGGACUGCUGCACGGGCUCCACGGUAUGGAGGAUAUUUCGACCGGUGAAGACACCAACGGGACAAACAUCCUGGAUCAAUCAGUAAUUAAAAAAGUCCCUAUGCCACCAAGAACAUGGGCUCCCUGAUGCUCGGGUAAGGACGGGCUGAUCGGAGGAGUGACCGUGAACAUAAACGAGGUGUUCUGCUCGGUACCAGGUCGCCUGUCGCUGCUCAGCUCCACUUCAAAGUAUAAAGUGACCGUAGGGGAGGUGCAGAGGAGACUGUCCCCGCCCGAGUGCCUCAACGCCUCCUUGUUGGGGGGCGUGUUGAGAAGAGCAAAGUCUAAAAACGGUGGGAAAUGCCUGAGAGAAAAGCUGGAAAAGAUUGGAUUGAAUCUACCUGCUGGGAGACGCAAAGCUGCCAAUGUCACAUUAUUAACAUCUCUCGUGGAAGGUGAAGCGGUCCACCUGGCCCGGGAUUUCGGUUACAUCUGCGAGACGGAGUUUCCCACCAAAGCCGUGAGCGAGUACCUCAACCGGCAGCACGCGGACCCCAACGAGCUGCACACGCGGAAAAACAUGCUGCUGGCGACAAAACAGCUGUGUAAGGAGUUCACAGACCUGCUGGCCCAGGACAGGACUCCCCUGGGCAACUCGAGGCCCACCCCCAUCAUGGAGCCUGGCAUCCAGAGCUGCCUCUCCCACUUCUCCUUAAUCACGCAUGGUUUUGGUUCGCCCGCCAUCUGCGCUGCACUCACCGCCCUGCAGAACUACCUCACCGAGGCUCUCAAAGGACUCGACAAGAUGUUUCUCAACAACCCUCCCAACAACCGGCAUGGGGAUGCUGGCAACAAGGCCGGCGACAAAGAGGAGAAGCAGCGGAAAAUGAAGCAGGCAAAGAAGGGGAGUGAUGAUCGAGAGCUGAGAAGGAGGCAGACACACAGACAGAGGCGUUACACCGUUACUUCUAGCUUUACACCCCUGUGACUGACCUGCCACGCCACAGGGCUGAGGUGGAGGAGGAAGGGGAAGGCUCGGUAGAGAGAAAAAAGGCAGAGGAAGACACCCGUGGGCCAGUGUCAGAGAGCACAGAGGGAUUUUUCAUCUGUGUUGCGUUCUUUUCAUUCCCCUGAGGACAUGGUGGUUACUGUGUUACAUUCAUUUCGCUCCCCCUGCCUGCAUCCUGUGAGACUGAGAUGCUGUGAGCAGCCAACAACAACAUUGUGUCUGUGUGCCUGAACGAGUGUGUGGUGUGUGUGUGUGUGUGUGUGUGUGUGUGUGUGUGUGUGUGUGGUGUGUGUGUGUGUGUUGUGUGUGUGCGUGCACGCAUGCAUGUCUCUGUGUGUCUUUGUCUUCACACAGAAAAAGCAUUGUGAGUUGGAGACUGGAUGAUGAGCAAUCUAUAUGUGAAACAGGGUUGUCUGGUUAUUUAACACAAGAGGAGGGAGAGGAGGGAGGUGUUAAUUUAUGUGUGUAAAUAUUUAUUUAUAUUAAUUUAAAUGGAUGGUUGUGUAAAUAGGUGCGCCAGCUAUUUUGGAGUAGGCCUAUUAAUCUGUGAUUUGACCUUUGUGAGCCGUUGGGGGGACAGGACUAUUCCAGUGUUUUUCUGUUCUUAUAGAGCUGUGUCAUGGUGCUGAUGAUGGGUAGACAUGCUUCUAAUUGUCCAGUGAUUUCAUUUCUAUCAUAUUGAUAA